AUGAUGUUCCUUUUGAAAAGCAUCUUUAGCGGCAGAAGACAACCGACAAACCCUGGUCUAUCUGAUCCAGUGCUGGACGAUGCAACAGCAAGGGCUCUAGUUGGUAGUGUUGACGAUGAGAUCACAGAUCCAAGAGUUGUGGACUCUAUGGUGGUUCAAGCCAUCUCAAAAUCCACUACCAACGCUGCGGAACGAGCAUGUUUCGAUGCGCAUGACAUGCCGGGUACUUUGAAAGAUACACCAGAGCUCAUUGAAAGGGCUCUUUCAUUGCUUGACAUUGAAAUCCAUGCUCGUUAUGACAAUCAUGCUUACAUUCUUGCGGAAAGCAUGAACCCUUCCUUUGUCAAGAAUCGAGACUUUAGGCUCAUGUUUCUACUCGCUGAUAAUUUCAAUGUGAAGAAGGCUGCCUUAAGAAUUGUACGUCACUUUCAAGUAAAGCUUGAUCUAUUUGGGAAAGAACGAAUUGCUUCAAACAUUACUCAAGAUGAUCUGGAUAAAGACACCUUCGAAGGAGUGUAUAAUGGCCAUAUGCAGGUUCUCCCACAACAGGAUCACAUGGGUAGAACCGUUUACGUAUUUGUGGCAAAGCCGGCCACAACGCAUGCUGGAUUCAUGAUGAAGAUGCGGCGAAUGUUCUACUUCUUCAUGGCGUACAUCCAAAAUGUAGAGGGACAAAAAAAAGACGCGGUGGCACUUGUAUUCUAUAUGCAGAAUGAGGCACCGGGGUUGAAAGAAAGUCGAUUUGAAUCGAUUUGGAAGGCGCCUCGCCUGAUUCAGGGCAUGCCAAUUAAAAUGCCAGUGGUUCACCUUGGUUCCACUUCAACGCUUUGGUCUCCAGCUCAUUCAGUCUUGAAGGUGGCACUAAAUGUGAUUGCAGGGAUGCAACUUUGUCCUCAUUACGGCUCUUUUGAUGAUUGCAUUCGCGCAAUGAAAGACCAAGGCAUUGAUACCAAGGACUUUCCAUUGGAUGGUGAAGGGAACGUUGCAACAGACAAACAUCACGAAUCGUUGGAGGCACUGAGAAGGAAAGAACGACAAGUUGAGCCAAAGCGAAACCGUGUCCAUGUUCCUGGAAGCUAUGACGUCCUCUUUGGUAAAGGGAGUCCCCUCCAAAACCAUCGAGGGAAUAUCAAAUUUCGAGGUCUCAUUGCUGACUGUAGGAAGGCUUAUGAGAAGGCAGACAAGGACAAGAAACGGCGAAUCAUUGAAGAGAUUGUAUCGACUGUAAGGCAGUCUUCAGGACUGUUUCUCAAAGCUGAUGGAGACGGCUCGUGGAUCGAUGUUGAUGAUAGGGCGGCUUGUGUAAAGGUCGGAUCAUUGUUCCGAACUCUUCGGUUUCAUCAAGAUGGCGGAGGGAAAGCAAAGCGAAGGGCCAGAGCGAAGGCAUCAAACUGA